AUGUUGGUUUCAGUGCCAGAUGUGAAGCGGGCCAGACAGAUCAAAGAGGAGGUGACGCGACUGGUGGCCAAAGGAGGCUUCAACCUGACGAAGUGGGCGAGUAACCGACCAGAAGCGGUAGAAGAUGCCUUCAAGCAGGCGUAUGAGGACGGGUUGGACUUUGCUCGCCUUGGCCAGGGUACCCAGCGGGCCUUGGGCUGUGUCUGGAAGCCUGAAGAGGAUGUUCUGGGCGUGAAACUAACCAACAUGAGCCAACCAGCCACCAAGCGAGGAGUCCUGAGCAGACUGUCGAUGGUGUUCCACCCCAUGGGACUAGUCUCUCCUUUCGUGCUGCGCGCCAAAGCUCUUGUUCAGCGCUUGUGGGCAACGAAGUACGCCUGGGACGAGCCGCUGGCUGACCAAGAGCUGGUGGAGUGGGACAGGUGGUUGUCUGACCUGCCUUGUCUGGAGUGGGUCAAGAUCCCUCGAUGCUACAAGACGGAUGCCAACGAAGCUGGAACAGAGCGCCGUUGCCAGCUACACGUCUUUUGUGACGCGUCUGAGACGGCAUUUGGAGCGGUUGCGUACUUCAGAUUCUCGUCUUCAGGUGGACACAUGACCUGUUUCGUCAUGUCGCGUACGAGACUCGCUCCGCUGAAACAACUGACGAUUGUGAGGCUUGAAUUGCAGGCAGCUGUCUUGGGAGUACGACUGGCAGACCUCAUCAAACGCGAGACUACUUACCACAUCGAUGAGACGUUGUUUUGGACAGACAGCGCAGUGGUGCUACGAUUCCUGCAGAACGAGAGCAGGCGAUUUCACACUUUCAUCUCGAACCGAAUCGCUGAAGUUCAACACUCGUCAGAACCGGACCAGUGGCACCAUGUGCCCAGUCAGUGUAACCCUGCUGACUUCUGUUCCCGCGGCCUCUCAGGAUGCGACCUCCUGCAGUGCGACCUUUGGUGGGAAGGCCCAGGCUUCGUGGCACGUGACCGCGAGGAAUGGCCUGAAGAAGAGGUUGAGAGUGCGGUCCAGGACGCAGAACUACCUGAACUAAAGACCCGUACGGCGGUCUUCACGAUGUGUGUCUUCGGUGGCGCGCUGCCAGACCCAGCGCGCUACUCGUCAUGGCAGCGGUACAAGCGUGUGGUGGCGUGGGCCCUCCGGUUCGUGAAGAACACCCGAUGCAAGGCCGGCACGGGAACACGCAUGGCGGGCCCCCUCACAGCUCCCGAACUCAGGGACGCCGAAGAGAUGAUCCUCAAAGAGUCACAGCGUGCUGUAUACGGCAAGGAGCUGGCGGCUAUUUCCUCUGAUGGUUGA